CUUCCUUCUGGUUUGCUGACGUCGAUCAGGAGGCCGUUUCGGGGGCUUCUGUAAACUUGAACUGCUGCUCUCUGUCUCUCGCUGCCGUUCGCUGGUUUGGAGUUGUGUUGGGCUCGCAGUUUAGUUGCAAACUUAGCCAACGCCACCGUAAUAUUUUCGCGCGCGCGUCCCGUCAGGUAGAUCUCGCUGUCGUCGAAAGCGAAGGAUUCCGAAUUCCUGGGUAACUGCGACCAGGACGGUGUGUGUUUUUUAAUUUUUGCCGCGCGACUUUCUGUGCUCUUCUGUGAGUAGGACCGACGGGACGUGAUUCCUCCAGUGGUAAGACGACGAUUCUGCUGUCAAGUGUUGGAGGAGGGGGGAAGACGAAACCAAGUGGUGAACAGGUAGUGUGGUGUUUCUAGGAUAGCUGUGCCAGAGGAUUUACCGAAGAAUCCCGGGAAGUGGGAAAGGGCGAGGGGAAGGGAGGGAGAGAGUGAAAAUCAACAACAAUAAAGGAAAACUAGUGCAACAAUAAGACGGCUUAAAAUCCGAGGGUUUUUAUCGUUAGCUGUUCCCGUAGGGCGGUGGGCGAUGGAAAGGCCUUAGGCAGAAGCGCAGGAGGUGCUGAUCUUCCGGAAAUGUAGAACGUUGCAGAUAGCUUUAGCCAUUAUUCGUCUGAUAUGCACCACCGGCCUGAGGUGCAGAUCCGAGACGACCCACGAUCCGCCGGUGCUGAAGAUCUUCGUUCUCGUAUGGAUUCAUCGCCACCGGUGUCGCUAAGCAAGAGACAUCAACCGCCAGCGCCAGGUCAUUCUGGUAUGCGCAGAGAUACCACAGUAGUAUCCGUAUCGACCGUCAGCAGCAGCACAAGCACAAGCCGAAACGUUGAUCCUCGUCAGCCGUCCUCCUUCCACCGUCAAUCAUCGGUUAGUUCCAGCCAAAGUUCCGGAACAGUUUACGCCACUAGAAGGCUAAGUCCGGGUAGUGAAAGUGCAGUCAGUUCAUCUACCACAAGUAACCAACGUAGUGGUCCAACAACACUCGGUAGUGGGUCAGCAUCCUCGUCCUAUGCGUCAGCUAGUAGUCUAGAUCGAGCUUCAGCACUUUUGCGACACGGAACAUCAUCUUCCUCGACCUCUUCGCCGUCUUUAGGAGUGCUUGGUGGAUUACCAGCUGGAUUGAAAGAAUCAAGCAAGUGUCCCACCCCGGGCUGUGUAGGAUUAGGACACGUUACUGGCCUCUACUCGCAUCAUCGCAGUUUGUCCGGAUGUCCCCGACGGGAUAAAGUGUCAUCUGAAUUACUAGCACUUCACGAGACCAUUCUUAAAUGUCCGACGCCUGGCUGUAACGGACGAGGUCACGUUAGCGCCGGACGCAACUCCCAUCGAAGUCUAUCUGGUUGUCCAAAGGCAGCCGCCAGUAAAGCAGCGGCUCGAGAACUUAAAUAUCAAAAUGGCUUAUUGUUCCGCCAGAAACUUCAUUCGGCAGUACUGAACUAUCAACAGCUGAACGAAUAUCGAUCUUCAUUGAUCAAUCAAGUCCAGCGUAGUCGCAGCGUCUCACCGGUAGAUAAGUCGAACAGUGUAGCUGAAGAGCCACAGAAUCUAAAGACAGCUGAACGCAAAGAGGAAAGAAAUCAGGAGAAGGGUCCUGAAGAUAACGUUCCAAAACCAGUGGAAGAGAUCACACUUGUGAUUAAAACAGAAAAACCAGACAUUGAAAGUGAACCACCAAGUAAAGAUACAAUGUUGGACAGCAGUAGUUACGGUCGAGAGACUGACUACCGUUAUGGUCAGCAGCAGCAAACACAUCAACAGUAUACGAACACGCAUAUGGGAAGCACUGCGGUCGGGUAUGAUUUCGGAGGCUAUCCAACUCGAGCUUACGAUCCCGGAGCAUUCGAACGAUACGAUCACGGGUACGGCUCCGCCACCAGAUACGCUCCGUAUGGUUUGAUGGAAGACUACAGCUCAUCUACGGCGGUGGGGUUUCAACAGGUUUCGGGUCCGACUUCCAGCCUUGGUCUAACGGAGCCGAACCCUCCGGUAUUGAAGCAGGAAAUGGACGAGAACAACACCUCCCAGCCUGGCCCGAUAUGCCCUCGUCCGGUCUACCAACAGCAGUACGAGCCGAACAACAACAAUACCAGCAACAGCAAUACCAAUACCACCAACAGCAGCAGCAGCAUCUCUGGUGGAACAGUACCGCAAGCAGCGGGUCCUACUGUAGCGCGGUCGGGCUUUUCGGCGAUCAAUUUGAGUGUCAAGACCGCUUCGGAUACGGGUACGGAAGCGGCUAUCCAGGACAGUAAAUCUCCUAGCAAUGAACGCGAUCCGGCAAUCGAUCUCUCAACUGGAAACAUAACGACGUCUAGGAAAAGUCCCAGAUCAUCGGAGGAUAGUGCUCUGGGGGCUCCAGCAGAGAGUCCCCAACGUCAGACUUUGGAUUUGAGCGUGAAUCGAUUACCCAACAGUACUGCUAGCCCCCAAAGCAAUCAUCGAGCUUCAUCCGGAUCACCGGUUCCGAGAUCCCCACAAGCUGAGCCAGUGGACUUCAGUGGCCCUCCACGUCCAGGACUAGGUUUUGGCUUCAUGGCUCCACCGCCAGCUAUGGGUUAUAGCCGUGAGUCUACACCGGACAGUGCAUCGUCGCACUACAUAUCCGAUGGCUAUCGAGAUCAUAACGGUUACAGUCCCCAUCCCAGCUAUAUGGACUACGCAGCGAACCCGUCCGGUUACCCAGGCUACGCUGCCCCAGCAGGAGCUUACCAAAGCUGUAGUCCGUAUGGUGCACCCCCUCCGCCACCGCAUCAUCACCAUCUGUACUCGUCCGGUGCAGCGUAUUCGACGGCCGGUGGUCACUACUCGAUGCCCCCACCGAGUCAUAUUCCGUCCCAGGAGCGGCUGCUGCAGGAAGGACUGUCGGGGCUCGGGCGGGCGUUCCACGCCAGCUCCCAGGAGCUCAAGUGCCCCACACCGGGCUGUGACGGUUCCGGGCAUGCCACUGGUAACUAUUCGUCGCACCGGAGCCUGUCCGGGUGUCCGAGGGCAACCAAGCCGAAGAAUAAGCCACGAGAUGGAUCGGAAGCGGAACCACUGAGUCAUUAUUUCAGAUGCCCUAUCCCCGGUUGUGAUGGAUCUGGACAUUCGACAGGAAAGUUCCUAUCUCACCGAAGCGCCUCAGGAUGUCCAAUUGCGAGCAGAAACCGUCUACGAGUGAUUGACUCUGGAGGAACACCGAUCGGAGGAAUGACGUUCGGCAAUGAAUCUGGCUGCACCACACCUGGUUGUGAAGUCUCACCCGUUCAUAAAAAGAUGAAAUACAUCGAUGAUGAUACGGAGAGAAUAUCCAAAAGCUACAAUGGAAUGAACGAUCUUGUAACGUCCAACGACACUCGCAGCAGCGAAGCCAGCAACCAUUCCAUGCGAGGAGAUACUGACCUUCCCACCAAUAACUACAUUUCGCCAGAAUCCUACCAGCAGUCCACCGCAGUUGAUCAGCAGUCGUCCCACCAUCAGUCCGAUUCCGCCGCUACCGGUGAAGAUCUUCUCUCGCUGGAAGCGGAAAUCUCCGAACUUCAGAGGGAGAAUGCCCGCGUCGAGUCCCAGAUGUUGCGGCUCAAGACCGACAUCAACGCCAUGGAAUCGCAGCUAGGUCACGUCGAUCGGGAAAAUGAAAACGCUACUAUCAGCAAUGGAAUCGUGAAUGAGUUCUACGGCAAUGGUGGCAUGAAACAAUCAUCUUCCGUCAACGAGGAACGAACAGAAGUGAAACUGGAAUGCAAACUAUCCAAUAAUAAAACUCAUGAGAACAACAAUGGAGAAUUGUUCAAAAAUCAGAACAACACCAUAAUGGAGCAGAGCCAUCACCAGCAGCAGCAAUCUUACUACGGUUAUCCGGAUCCAUCUGCUGAAGGCCGUUCUCGCUACUACGAACCCAUGAAACUGAAUGCAAUACCAGAUUACGGAAAACCUUUGACUACUGCGUCGACUUGAAUCCUUCAGGACUCACACUUGUAUACUUUCACAACUAGAGCUAGUGAUAGUUUCAUAGAAGUGAAAAUCUAAUGAAAUUGAUGUAUAACGAGCUACCGAAUCACUUACACAUUUUAUCUGCAAACAAAACCAAUUGAUUUCCUUACAAAACUCAACGACAUAUCAGUAGGAUUACAAUGGUCUUAGUUUCAGAUUUCUAUCUUUGACUAUCACAUGCCGCAAGUAUGGUUUUCCUGUGCUUUGCUCGAUAACAGAAGCUAUAUAUUUAUUUUUUGUUAGGGACAACUAUCAUCAACUGUACAAGUGCUUCUUUGUGCUAGCAAAACUAAAAUACAAUAAAUGGAUAAAAUAUUCUACUAA